CGACAACAACCACAUCUCAGCGUCUUCUCAAUCCCUCUUGUACUUCUUCCAGAGUGUUCGGGCCACACGUGUGCCCAUUCCCUUUGUGCUCUAUCACCAUGUCUGGCUUCCUACGAUAGUAUUCUCCGGCUGCCCGUCCUUUCCCUUCUCCCACUUCGUCAAAGCCGCCUUCCACCAUGGCGGGCUACUUGCAGGCGCAGGAUCAGGCGCAAGCCAUGGUGGCCCAAGUUAAGACCUUGACCGUCGAAAAACUGAAAAAUCUUCUUCGAACCGAAUCGCUGCCUGUGUCAGGCGUUAAAAGUGAACUGCAAAUCAGGACCAUCGCACACAUCGAAAAACUGCGCAAUGCUGGCGACAUUGCCGGUCUGAACAGGGUUCGAGGGAACAUUAGAGGCAUUCCUUCGUCCUACAAUCAUUCAUACCCUGCGCCCUACUCUGCGCACACUCCCGCCUCUUCCGCUUCUCCUCAAUACUCAUCUCCGAACACUCAUACGCCAUACAACAUGUCGUCGACGUCUCCGUCCUAUCAGUCCAGCCGCAUCACUUUCAAGAACUCCCCCUUCUACAAUAUCAUUCGACCACUUACUCAGACGCUCGAGUGUAAAGCACGUGAAGCAACUCGUGACACUGCUCGCCUGACAAUCACUCUCGGACAACAAGUCGCAUCCCAAUUAGAGACGGACUCAUCAUACAGAGUAAUGGUUUUCUGUGCCGGGGAAGGUUUUACACCAUUUUCCAGAGAAUCAGAGAUCGCUUUUCCGCACAACGUUGAGCUGAAAUGCAACUCGGAUGAAAUAAAGGUGAAUCUUCGAGGACUCAAGAAUCGACCUGGGUCGACAAAGCCAGCAGAUGUCACAGAUUUCAUUAGAAAGAAGCCACCAAACUAUCCAAACUCGGUGGAGAUGAUUUAUGCAUUGACUACUAAGGCAAAACCUCCUGCGCAGAAGUUCUACUUGGUUGUCAAUCUUGUUCAAAGAAAAUCGAUUGACUCUAUGGUAUCCGAGAUCCGAAGAGGAAAAACCAUUAACAAAGAUCAAGUCCUACGGGAAAUGAGGUCCAAAGCUGACGAUCCGGAUAUUGUGGCAACCUCGAGCGUGUUGUCUCUAAAAGACCCCGUCGCAUACACACGCAUUGUUACUCCAUGUCGGUCCAUUUCAUGCAAUCAUCACCAGUGCUUUGAUGCGGGUUGCUUUCUACAGCUUCAGGAACAGGCGCCCACUUGGACCUGUCCAAUAUGCAACAAAUCUGCCACAUGGGAGAAUUUGGUUUUGGAUCAAUAUGUUAAUGACAUCCUGAAUUCAACAUCUAUGGACACCGAAGCGGUCACUGUCCAGCCUGAUGGAAGAUGGUCUAUUCAAACCGAAGGCGACAAUUCGAACCAACGCAAAUCAAAUCCUACACCAAGUGAUGACGACGAUGAUGACGACGACCUUGUCGAACUUGGAGACAAACCGGACCCUCGGCCAAAGGUUGAGACCCUAACACCUCACAGUGUUAGAACUCCACCACUUUCUUCCAGGGAAGAAUCGAGUGCGCCUUCGGCGUCAAGGCCGAACAAACGCCAGCGCGAGGAUGUGAUUGAUCUGACGCUGAGCGAUGACGAAGCACCAGCUCCAAAAGCACGGAGAUUACCAGAUCCUGUUGCAUCCACUGUACGGUCUCCUGAUCGAUAUCAUUUUCACUUGCCUCCUCCUAAUCCUCCAUCUUACACAACCAACAGGUUUAACUCGAAUUCUUCAUAUUGACAUGAUGGCUCUUAUCAAUCGGCAUUCAGCGCGGCGUUGGAAGGAGCAUCACAUUACAAGCAUUGCAUUGGGACAACUACCUAGGUAUGAUGGGUAAAAGAGUCUAGUUUUGGCGGAUCAGGAGUUAGGGCUCAGUUGUCGUCGCCAAGAGGUGCGAGAUGAGCAGGUUGUUGCAAGCAAGAAAGGGGGAGUAAUUGCUGAAAUGGUUAUGCCCGGCUGGCGAGCAUGGGGCAGAAAACAUCAUGCUUGUGUAAUGACGACCAAGCUCUUGUAUCUCUCUACGGAUCACAUGUAGAGCAACGAACAUCAGCAUUCCAUCGACCUCCGGAAUUUGCCUACUAGAAUUCAUGGACAGGCAACACGAUGCUUUACAUGGUGCUGAAUACGUUACGAUGGAAGAUUGAUGAUGCAAAUCAAGCAGAAUUCUCUUGAACAUUUUUCUUAUGAGGUGGACAGAGAGAGAAGAGGAAGAAGAAUAUCCUGCUACUUGUAGAAUCAGAAAUGCUCUUGGAAGAAUAUGUAUUCUGAUCCGAAUGCUGCUCAAAACGAG